CCUGUCUCGAGAGAAAUCUGAAGCUCAAGCUCGAGGUUGAAGAUUACAAGCCAUUGCAUCUACUUUCUUCCUCCUCUCUUCUGUCGUUAUUCCGUAUCUCAACACCAUGUGAAGACGACCGAUCAAUCUCUAUGAACUCAUCCGCUAUCAUUCCAGUCUGCCGAAAUGUUUUUCGUCCAAAUUUCCCGAAGCCAUCGCGUUACCUGAACCACAGACACCAGUCUUCACUUUCCCAACUCGAGGAAACGAUAUAUAAGGAGCUUGUCGAGUGCCAGCGGAAAAACCAAAGAUGGGACCAACUUCAUGCAAAGCAUACAAGUGAUCUUACACAAGCAUUGGUGCACGUCCUACCUGUACGCUGUCGACCACCGAAACCUCCCAUCAAAUUUAGAGAGAGAAAUCCAGGGGCUCUUAUACCACAAGGGUAUCAUCAAGUCUACUUCAACAGUCUUUCUUCUCCAGCACGAUUGCUUCCUGAUGGGACCGAUGAUCAACACUGUCCGGGCCAUGGGUUCGUCCAGCGGCUUUGGGCGGGAGGAAGCUUGACCUGGAACCCAGUGAGGAAAUGGAUGUUGGAGAGCGAGAAUUAUAGCGUGCUACAAGAAGAUGUCGAGAGCGUCCAGGUUAAGGGGAAGGAGGGCGAGGAGAAGGUGUUUGUUACAAUAAGCAGGAAAGCUGCUCUACACGGAGCAUUUGGAGACCGCCGGAACUAUGCACCAGAUUCUCCGAUAAAUCUCAAGACUUUUCAGGAAGGGGUGCGUUUCGAUGGUGGAGCUCUAGGAAGACUGGCACUGGAAGAGAAGAAAAUUCUGGUGUUCAUGCGAUUAAAAACGAAGGACCAAAUCAAACAAAGUCUCGAAACCCCAGCGAGAGUUAUCAAACCUAUACACAAGCCAGACUACAGUCUAGAUGUUAACCUGUCUGCGCAUUUACUGUUCCAGUUCUCAGCAAUGACAUUCAAUGCCCAUCGAAUACACCUGGAUCGUCAAUACUGCCGAGAAAAGGAAGGACAUCGAAAUCUCCUCGUCCACGGCCCCCUCACCCAAAUUCUAAUGCUCUCUGUACUAAGAUCACAGCUAGACCAGGAAAAGAAAGAAAUGGUUCUUCGGUUUGACUACAAGAACCUAGCUCCCCUAUACGCAGACGAGCUUAUGAGAAUAUGUACCCGGAGACAUCCAGACAAUCCCCAAAAAUUCGACGUCUGGAUUGAAGGCAAAGAAGGAGGAUAUGCCGUUAAAGCAACAGCUGAAAUUGGACCGGAACUUGACCACGACCCGGAUCCAUUAUUGGUUGCCCCCAAGGUGCUUUCCAGAGCUACCAGGUGGAAAACGAUUCUGAAGAGAGAAUCUGGUGCCCCCAUGGUGCUUUCCAGAUCUACUAGAUGGAAACCCAUUCUAAACAGAGACUCAGAACCAGAGAAAGCCCCAAAGUUUAAGGACGGCAAGGAACAUUUCUCGGAGCUUCUCAAAGUCUUCCAAGGAAAGAAAAGCGAGGAAACAAACGUCGAACCGGUACCUCAUUCACGACCCCGUCGAGUUAGAGCCAGACGAGCCGUGGCAAGAGAAAGGAAAAAUAGCAGGAUAGCAGCACUAUUCAAGGAUGACGAUACCACGAAAUAGCCAGCUAUUUCGAAAUGUACGUUUAUGUAUUUAACGAGCAUGAAACAUGAUUCAGUCAUGCACCAUAGCUUUUAUCAUGUAUUCUAGAUGAUCACAUCUUGACAGACGGAAACUCCUCUACUCCACGU